AUGUCCUUCUUCAGAAGAGUGUCUAGACCAUUCUACAGCUUUUCCCGAAAAAAAACGGCUUUUUUACGACAUAAUUCGUCCAUUCAAAAGACAGUUAAUCCAAGAACAGAUCUUCUCCUUAAGAUUCUUUAUGAGUCACCAGUUUGUCCGCCUGUUGAGUUUUCAGAGGAAGAACUUGAAAGACAUGAGGUAAUUCAUCGAGCUUGGCAGAUUCAUAAGCGAAUAAAGAGAGAUGAGCUUAAUAAACAGCUUGAAAAGCAAUAUAACAAGAUGAAGAGAGCAUGUGCAGAACUUGAGAAAACAGAUAAGAGAUUAUUUGAUGGAGCCAUGAAAAAAAAAAGAGAAUAUUUCCCAAUAGAAAUGCGUAUACCGACAGAAACACCUCCUCUAGAAGCCUGGAAAUAUAAUUGGAAGAAUUAUCCAGAAAGAUCAGAAAGUGAUGUUUAA